AAGCUAGUCUACCUAUCAGCAGCACGCCGCCUGUGAGCGCGCUCCGUCUAUUGUCUGUGAGGAGCAGGGCGUGUGCCGCCGGAGCAGGAGAUGCGAGAGGCUCGGUGCAUGGAGCGGAAUGCAAUGAUGGCGUUGGACCAAGAUGUUCUGCGCUCCUGUUUUCAUAGGAUGGACAUACAUUUGCCGCAUUCAAAUGCGUAUGUGUAGCUUGCAUGUGAAUGUGCGUAUUUUAUUUCAUCCUUCCACGCAGUCAUAUAUAACACAGCUGAAUAUUACAGACGUAGAGGCUUUUUCAGAAAAACGAUGAAGAGAAAUAAUAGCCUAGUGCGACCGCGAUCCAUGUCGAUCGGCAAGAAAUCAGAGGCGGUGAAGGUGGUGGUGCGGUGCCGCCCUUUAAACAAGAAGGAAGAGGCAAUGAAUCAAGAAAGAAUUGUUGAAGUAGAUGUCAGGCUGGGACAGGUGAGCGUGCGCAAUCCCAAAUCAUCCGGAAGCCUCCUAAAAACAUUUACGUUUGAUGCGGUUUAUGACGCGGGUUCGAAACAAAACGAGCUGUAUGACUAUGCAUGCAAACCUCUUAUUGACUCUGUUUUGCUCGGGUUCAACGGAACUAUAUUUGCCUAUGGGCAAACUGGCACUGGCAAAACAUAUACAAUGGAAGGUGUGCCCACAGACCCCGAGAAGAAGGGAGUCAUCCCAAAUUCAUUUCAGCACAUUUUCACUCACAUAUCCAGGUCGCAGAACCAACAGUAUCUCGUGAGAGUGUCUUACAUUGAAAUAUAUCAAGAAGAAAUACGAGACCUCCUCUGCAAGGACAACAAUAAAAAACUGGAGCUGAAGGAAAAUCCCGAGUUGGGUGUCUAUGUCAAAGAUCUCUCAUCUGUGGUGACUAAGAACGUAAAGGAGAUUGAGCAUGUCAUGAACUUGGGGAACCAAUCCAGAUCUGUCGGAUUUACCAAAAUGAACGAGCGAAGCUCGAGAUCUCAUGCGAUUUUUGUCAUAACUGUUGAGUGCAGCGAAAUGGGCAUUGAUGGUGAAGACCACAUUCGUGUUGGAAAGUUAAACAUGGUGGAUCUGGCCGGCAGUGAGCGGCAAAGCAAAACGGGUGUCCAGGGACAGAGAUUCAAAGAGGCUAUGAAGAUAAACUUGUCUCUUUCCGCUCUCGGAAAUGUUAUCUCGGCUUUGGUGGAUGGGAAGAGUACUCACGUCCCCUACCGGGAUUCCAAACUCACCCGGCUGUUACAGGACUCCCUCGGAGGCAACGCUAAAACCGUUAUGGUGGCCACCGUUGGACCAGCUUCGUGCCACUACGAAGAGACGCUCACCACAUUGAGGUACGCCAACAGAGCCAAGAACAUCAGGAACAAGCCAAAGAUCAACGAGGACCCCAAAGACGCCCUGCUUCGCGAGUUCCAAGAGGAAAUAGCCCGCCUGAAGGCGCAGCUCGAGGAACGAGGGAUGCUGGCGAAAGAAAGGAGGAGACGGAGGAGAAACAGUAUGAGGAUGAAAAGGAGCAUGAGUAGCGGAGAGGUGGAAACUCCGAGAGAUGGGGAGGUGGGGGUCGUCGAGACCGUUCAGGAGGAGACUGUGGAGGACUAUUGGUGGAAGCAGCAGAUGGCCAAGACCUCCGCCAAUUACAAGCCUGAUAUUAGCAGGAAACUUGGCACCGUAGACGAGAAAGCAAAGAGUGUGGAAGAGUUGCUGAAGGAGCAACAAGCUAUGGAAAUUUUGAUUGAAAAAUACAAGGCUAUGGAAAGUAAGCUUCUGGUUGGAGGGAAAAACAUCAUUGACCACACUAAUGAACAGCAGAAAAUGCUGGAACUGAAGAGGCAGGAGAUUGCUGAGCAGGAUAGAAUGGAAAGAGAGAUGCAGCAGCUGAUGUUUGAACAGGAUGAAGAAACAAUUGAACUGAAAGAAACGUUCACCACUCUGCAGCAAGAGGUGGAAUUUAAGACCAAGAAACUUAAAAAGUUUUACAGUAAGCUGCAGCUGGUGAGGUCUGAGAUUGGAGAUAUCAUCAAUGAACAUGUCACAAUGAGGCAGGAACUGGAGCAGACAAUGAACGAGCUGACAAGAGAGAUGAAAUUCAAAAACCUGAUCAUUGAGAACUUCAUUCCUCCAGAGGAAAAGAAUAAAAUCAUAAAUCGUCUCCACUUUGAUAGCGAGGAAGACCAGUGGAAAGUCUUACCUCUUCUUCCUUCCGAAAAUAACUCCCCUCUCGUCCGACGAAGACCAACUUCUGUAGUGGGACACAAGAGACCAAUUAGUCAAUAUGCGCAAACUGCCACUGCAACCGGGUCUCCCUCUAGAUACAGGGCUGAGAAUGUUAUGCUUCUGGAACUGGACAUUUCUCCACCCACCAUGGUGCCGUUGGACCUUCAGAGGUCAGAUAUAAGGACCCAAGACUUGAUACGUGACUUUGGCCAUUAUAGAAAGCGGACGACCGCAUCGCGGGUCAUGAAAGCCAGAUCGUGGUACCAAGGGCCAAGUCAAUCUGCUUCUUCAUCAGCCAGCUCUAUGGCCUCUGGGCCCGAAUGCUCAGCCUCAGCAAUGGGGGCUUGUGCGGCAGCCUACCAGCCUUGAGCCUGUACAGUGUGUUCCGCCUGCAAGCAUAGAAGCAUAGAAAGCACUUAAUUAUUCUUUGCACUCUUUCCAUGAGCUUUAAACGAUGCCAUUUGUCUUUUUCAUCAUCUUGAUUUUUUAGCAUCAAAGCUUAGUCCUUUUAAGCACAAUUGUCUCCUGUAUACUUGAAAACGCUAGUGUAUCCUGUUUAAGCUUGUUUGAUGUCAUUCUUGAACAGCAAUGCAGACAAUAAAUGGAUCAUAAACAAACAAUUUCUCAACAUUUACCACGUUACCACACAUUUACCACAGUUUAAUAAAGUAGAAAUGCAAUCUUGAACUGUGCAAACGUAAAUAUCAAACCAUUACUUCAUAUACACAGCAUCUGAAAAAAAAAAAACACAAGGGGACGAGGGGAGUUUGAACAAGGAUGCUAGUAUACCAUAGCUCACAUGACUGUUGGCUACAUACCACUGUAGGCCACUUUAGCUUCAUUGCUUUGGGAGGUUGAUCACAAGUUUGGAUUAGGCCAAGGGGCAAGAAUUAACCUUUCAUGCACAUAGAUGUACUUACAUAUUAUUUGGGCGCUAAAGGUCACCAUCCAGUCCAAACUGUCCUUAUUUACUUUCUUGAUGAAUGUUCUUGUUUAUUUAGUUGAUGCAUGUUAUGCCACAAAAAAUGAAUUUAAUUUCAUUCUGUUUGCUCCACCUAUGGCUGCUUAAAGCUAUAACUCACCCAAAAAUUAAAAUCACCCCAUAAUUUACAUACCCUCAAGCCAUCCUAGAUGUAUAUGACUUUCUUCUUUCAGACGAAUACAAUCAGAGUUGUAUUAAAAAAUGUCCUGGCUCUUCCAAGCUGUAUAAUGGCAGUGAAUGGCUGUUGAGAUUUUGAAGUUCAAUAACGUUAACUGUCAUACUCACGUUCACGAGAGAGUGGCGCUCCAACGGAUAAUGUAGGAUGUAGAUGAAUGCGGUGACGAGACUACCAUAUUUUUGCCGGAGCUUGUGCUACGCUACGUUUUACUUUAUCCGCUGGAGCACCACUCUCUCAUGAACGCAUGUACAACAGUUAGCGGAAGCUAGGGAUUACGAUUAUUAAAGUUUUAAGUAUUUUUCUUACACAAAUGCAUCAGAAGGCCUUUAAUAAAGGAGAACUCCACUUUCAGAACAACAAUUUACAAAUAAUUUACUCACCCCUUUGUGAUCCAAGAUGUUCAUGUCUUUCUGUCGUCAGUUGUAAAGAAAUUAUGGUUUUUAAGGAAAGCAUUUCAGGAUUUUUCUCCAUAUAAUGGACUUCAUUGGUGUAUAAAUUUGUAUACUUUUUAAGCACAAAAGCUUGUGUACUAGCACUAGCUCUGGGAUGCACGUCCACAACGCUACGUACUAUUGAAUCACAUCGAAAGAUCACGCGGAACUACAGACCCAGUGUUUACAAAGCGAACGCGCAAAGAGUAAGGAAGUGCAAGUAAGUUUGUAAACGCUGUUUACAAACAAAAAGGUACAACGAUGUCGGACAAUUUUGAAGUUUUAGGAGAAAAUGAGAUGGAGUUUUUCGCCAUACUCUACCUUUUUGAGCCAGAGUACACAGACAACGAAGACGUAGUGUCAUGGACACGCAAAAAUGACCGAUUGUUUCGCUAGAUAAGACCCUUCUUCCUCGGCUGGGAUCGUUUAGAGCCCUUUGAAGCUGCAUUUAAACUACAUUUUGGAAGUUCAAAAUCGGGGCACCAAUAAAAUCCAUUAUACGGAGAAAAAUCCUGAAAUGCUUUCCUCAAAAACUAUAAUUUCUUCACGAUUGAAGACAGAAAGUGACAUCUUGAAUGACAACGGGGUCAGUAAAUUAUUUGUAAAUUGCUGUUCUGGAAGUGGACUUCUCCUUUAACCCCUCGGAGCCACGUGGAGUGCUUUUAAUGAUGGAUGGAUGCACUUCUCAACACCCAUUCACUGCCAUUAUAAAGCUUGGAAGAGCCAGGACAUGUUUUAAUAUAACUCUGAUUGUAUUCAUCUGAAAGAAGAAAGUCAUAUACACCUAGAAUGGCUUGAGGGCCAGUGAAUCAUAGGGGAAUUUUCAUUUUUGGGUGAACUAUCCCUUUAAUUAAUUUGGGUUAAAGCUACAUGAAUCAUUGACAUAACUGGGCAGUAAAACUGUAGUUCCCAGCAUGCUUUGCAAAGAAUUGAAUUAUAAGUGAGUAAA